AUGAAGAGGAAGAACACCACGAGCGAUCCAAUCAAGAUGGUUCCUCCAAUGGAGCCCACCAAACCUCCAAUCAACUUAGCAUUUCUGUCGGAUCCCCCAGAGUUGCUGCUGCUGUUACCAGACAGAGCAGCGGUGGGCACCGUAAUUAAUGUGGUAAUGGUGGUGUCGGGCAAGACGCUGAUAGUGGAUACUAUCUGGUCCAUAGACGAUGUGGACGGUUCGCUGGUGAUGAUGGCAGAUGUGGAGGAGGUCAGCAGCCUUGAGGUAGUGGAAGUGGAGGAACUGGAGGAGGAGGUUGUGGAUGAUGGAAUCGAUGAAGACGACGACGAACUGCUUGACGAGGUCAGUGUAGAUGAUUCCAGCGAGGUGGUCAGUAUUUCCGACAGUGUGCUGGGAGUGUCAGUAGACAGCAGAGUCUCAAAGAAGGACGACGAAGAAGUCAACGACGAUGAUGUCUCAGAAGAGGAGGGCACUUCUGAGGAUGAAAGCAGCGAAGAUGACUCUGUUGAGGAUGUGCUGGAGAAGUCAGAUGAGGUCAGUGAAAUCAGAGACGACUCCAGCGAUGAUGGGGCUUCCAGUGACGAUGAUGAGGAUGAUGACGAAGAUGACGGCAAAGAUGACGACGAAGAUUGA